AUGGUCCCACCUAUCUCCGCGACUGAGGACCUGGCCAGCGGCGCGUCCAGCGGCGUCGCCACACCAACCCUGGCACCGCUGAAGCGCACCGCUCUCCCGACAGACCUGGCGGCGUUCGUUGUCGACGCCUCUAUGCCAAGGGAGUGGCCGAUCGGUCUUCCCCCGGCGGACGCGCUCACCCACCUGAGUGCCAAUAGCCGCACAUGCGUCGAGAACUUUGCCGCGCACACACCCGACGAACAGCCCGAAGUCGGGCAGGCGCGCCGUGCGGCGGUGCUCAUUGCUGUGUACCAACCGGAAGGUACAGAGGACCUGCGAGCGCUCCCUGGAGGAAAGGUGGACGAAGACGAUCCGUCGCCCGUAUUCACCGCCCGCCGCGAGGCCUUCGAAGAGGCAGGCUUGCCCCUAACGAGCCCUCAUGUUCACGUCCUGACUAUGCUUGAACCCGUACUCACUGUACUCCCCAUGAACGCACACCUGAAGAACCACAUUGUCGUCACGCCUGUCGUCGCAUUCAUCUCAGACCCUGCACUUGUGACCACACUCCGGCCCAACCCCGAGGAAGUGGAGUGCAUUUUUGACCAUCCUCUCAAGGCGAUUCACACCGGCGUCGUCGACGGUGAGCUCGCUGAGAACCUAAACUUGACCGACACGAACUGGUGGCCCGGUCCAACCGAGUUUCAUUCACUAGAGGAUGUCACCGGUUCGACUGGCUCGUACAGGAUGCACCGCUUCCGUACCCGCCACACACCCAUUCGCGGGUUCACGUCCGACGUUCUCAUCCGCGCGGCGGCGGUGGGUUUCGACAACGAGCCAGAGUACGGACAUUACGCACCUGACCAGUCCAGCUGGUCCGAGUCGAUCGACCGUGUCGUCCAGGGCCUCCCAGCCGCGCUGGCAGAGCCCGACAUGGGUGAGCGGCGACUGGAGUGGCGCACAGCGACCGGCGUGCGUGCCAGCGGGCAGCGUAUCGAAUAG